AUGUUAGGGUUUAGUACAAUUACAAGACUGCUGCUCGACAAGGGCGCCGACGUCAACGCGCAGGGUGGAGGGUACGGCAACGCACUGCAGGCAGCUUCAGAUGGAGGCCACGAGCAGGUAGUCAAAACGCUGCUCGACGCGGGCGCCGACGUUAACGUUAACGCGCAGGGUGGAUACUUCGGCAACGCACUGCAGGCAGCUUCAUUUAGAGGCCACAAGCAGGUAGUCAAGACGCUGCUCGAUGCGGGCGCCGACGUCAACGCGCAGGGUGGAUACUUCGGCAACGCACUGCAGGCAGCUUCAUACGAGCAGGUAGUCAAGAUGCUGCUCGACGCGGGCGCCGACGUCAACGCGCAGGGUGGACACUACGGCAACGCACUGCAGGCAGCUUCAACUGAAGGCCACGAGCAGGUAGUCAAGAUGCUGCUCGAUGCGGGCGCCGAGGUCAACGCGCAGGGUGGAGAGUACGGCAACGCACUACAGGCAGCUUCAGCUCAAGGCCAUGAGCAGGUAGUCAAGGCGCUGCUCGACGCAGGCGCUGAGGUCAACGCCCAGUGUGGAUACUACGGCAACGCACUACACGCAGCUGCAUAUUUCGGAGAGAGUGCAGUGCUUAAGCUUUUAGUCCUGAAACAUGACUUCACACAGCUCCAAGAUCCCCUGUACACACGGCAGCUCUGCAUACGCGCGGUCGUAGAUGCUUCUAGAAGGUUGUUAGCAUGCGCCACACCUAUUUCAAGAGCUAGUAGCCCAACCAACACCAUAGCGAUCCGUACUGGAGGGUCAAAUGUAUGCCGGUGGCGUUUUGGAAAAGAUCUCUGGAAGAAGCUGGAGGUUGAAGUCAGUCAGUUCUUGAGGCAGCUGGACGCGGACUUCCCCAACGACGGCGACGACGACGACGACGACGACAAUUACGACGGGCUUGAUUUUAAGCGUGUGCCGUAUCUUGAGCGGCGCCAGGUUGAGCGUAAUAGUCGCGGUGGGCCAAAAAGCUGGAUCUACCGCCACGGCUGGGCCGUCUGGCACCGCGAGUACAAGAAAAACUACUGGCUUUGCCGGUACUGCCAUCAACGACGGAAGCAGGAGGCUUGCUACGAGGCUGACAGCACUACAAACGCCGGCCGACACCUCUCAAGCAACAAGCCUGGACACUCACACGGACCUAACGGACCUGUACCAAUUGCUAGCCGGGAGGGCAAUAUUAUGGGCGCGCUCGCAAAGUCCCAAGUAUAUAUUAUGAGGUCUAAAGGGAUAGAAGUAUCGCAAGAGGUAGCAAACGAGAUAGCAGCAAGCUUUUCAACCUCUCGAUUUCAGGACGCGCUGAAGGACUGGGUAGUCGCGGACAACCAGAGCCUUCGCGUAAUAGAAACGCCGCAGUUUCGAGCCAUGAUUGCGGCCGUGAGCCCGCUAGCCGAAGCUCUCCUUUGGCGUAGCCACUAA